AUGAAAGAUAUAGAAUCAUUUGAACGGUCUUUAAGAGACUUUCAAUAUGUCGAAAACUUUCGAAGAUUUCCGUUCUCGCCAGAUAUAAUUAAAAGAACGGUUAACUGUACAAGUAGGAAACAGCAUAAACGAUUUAACCCGCUAUUUCAUCUAAACGAACACCAAUUCCGACAAAAAUAUCGGUACACCAAGGAAAACAUUCGCCGUAUUAUUGAGAUUGUUCGGGAUGACCUCGAGAUUGAUUGUUAUGAACCAAUGGAAAGAGAGCAAGUACCUAUAGACCUGCAAAUUUUAUCUGCGAUUCGAUUUUGGGGUGGAACUGAGCAUCCCAAAUUGACGGCAAUGGCGCAUGGUGUAAGCUUAAGAACGUUGAAAAAAAUCACUCGACGCAUUGCUUCGGUGUUAUCAUCGAAAGCAUCGCGCUACAUAAGAAUGCCUGCAACACUUUCCGAAAAGGAAAGAAUGAUGCGUUCGUUCCAAGAAUUGGCAAAUAUGCCGCAAGUGAUUGGUACACUCUUACAGACAAGAGUAAGAUUUCAAUCAAAAGAUCCUCGAGUUCAUGAUGUAAGGCAAUCCCAAGAGAACGCCAGAGAGGUUGUUCAUAUGCAACUUGUUUGUGAUGCGGACCAUAAAAUAAGAGACUUGGAUAUACGACUGGUAGAAGAAGUUUCUCUAAUCACCGAUACAAAAAUGUUCUCUUUAUCAAAAAUAAAGGAGCGGUUCGAACAAAACGAAUUUCGUGGGCGUAUACUAUUGGGAAACGAAUCGUUUUCUUGUUCUUCUUGCCUCUUCACUCCUGUGAAGCUUCCACAAAGUCUAGCGGAAGAGCUUUAUAACCAUGCCCAUUCGAUUACAUAUGCGUCUGCAAGAAAAUGCCUUAAUAUAUUGAUGUUUCGAUUUGGUAUUCUCGGCAGUGAAGUAUUUGGAUCGUUCGGUUCAGCAAAGCAAACAAUUACUGCUCUAGCUAUACUCCAUAAUAUGGCAAUGGAUUGGUCGGAUCCCAGCAUUGAUACGGAAAUCAGCAUUUCUCCUUUUAAAUCAUUCAAUUCUUUAAAUGGGAUAUCAAUGCCUGGGGAACAUAGCAAUAGAAGAAAAUUUAUAAAAACUCAUUUUGGAUGCAAAUAAAAAAUAUUGUUUUCCAUUUUCAAAUCGUAAA